AUGGCUGGGUUUUUGAUCCCAGAAUGGUACCAAUCGGCCGUCCCUACACUGGACGACCUCUUGAUCGUAAGUAUCAUAUGGGGGUUCACGCUGGCUUCUGGUCUAUUCGCAGCUGCGAAGGCGUUCAAGCAGACACGAAGGAUGAUGAAGCGCGCCCGGGGUUUGCAUGCAUACAGCAUCAUGGUCUGGGCAGAGUGGUCUGUCUCCAUGAUCAUUGGAGUUGUGUCAUGGUUGUUUAUUCGAGGAAUUGUUCCGGCUAGUUUCUGGGUAUACUUUGGGUUACUUUGCCUUUGGGUCAUUCAGAUCCAAUGUAUCUGCGGAAUCAUUAUCAACCGAAUUGCUCUUCUGAUGGUAGACAAAAGACGAGCGUGCAGCAUUCGGUGGGUAGUGGCCGUUAUCCUGGGCCUCAUCAACAUCAGCGUCUUCAUCAUCUGGAUUCCUGCGCGCCUGCAGAUCUCCCCACAGUACAUCGCGAUCAACGAGAUCUGGGACCGGAUUGAAAAGGUUAUCUUCCUUAUUGUAGAUGCCGGCCUGAACCUCUACUUCAUCCAUCUUGUCCGGUCCAGACUCAUUGCGAAUGGCCUGACGAAAUAUAUGCCGCUCUUCCGGUACAACAUGUUCAUGGUUGCCGUUUCUAUGAGCCUUGAUAUCAUCCUCAUCGGAAGCAUGUCGAUACCGAACGGACUUGUAUAUGUCCAAUUCCACCCUCUCGUAUACAUGCUCAAGCUGCAUAUCGAAAUGAACAUCGCCGAUCUCAUUGUUAAGGUUGUCAAGGCCACGGGCGAUAGCCAGAGCCCAUACGCCUACUCGAACUCCCAAGGCACCGAGCUACGCUCCCGAGGCGCAAGAGGCAUAUUCGGAGGACCAUCCGGAAACAAGACAGAUAAAAAUACUGAAGACCACCAAUACCCGACAACACAGUCGUACGCAAAGGGAGGUGGUGAUCCGUCUACUAAGCAGGCGUCUGGGAAAGGGAUCACGAAAAUCAUGCAGACGACUGUCGUCUCAAGAAAGCGGGAUGAUGCAGAUGGCGAUGACAGCUCUCAGUCUUCGACUCGUCAUCUGAAGAACCAGCAUUCUGAUAGCUUCGUUUAA